GAGAGUGGCCAGACCUCGUGGCCCCUAGCCCAUCCAAUCAAUUUUUCUCUUCUCCAUUUCCUGCCUCCCCUUGGCUCCAUUUCUUUCUGUCCGGUCCAGGGAUCCAAUGGCAGCCUCCCUGUGGCUGCCGCAGCUCCCACCGCCACCUCUCCGCAGCUCCCUCUUCCUCCCAAGCAACCACUCUUCCUCUGCAUGUCCUCCAGUGUACACGAAGCAUGCGCCGGCUGCAGCAAGAGGAAAUCUUCUUCUCUGCAACUCUUCGGGCGCCUCUUCGUCUUCUUCUGUGGUGACCAAAGAGCAACUUCAGGUACCUUCAGAGGAAGGAUCUGAGCCUGCACUUGUUUGCUACAACUACAAGGAUGACCCCAACUUCAGGGGCUGCAAGAGUUGCGGCAGAGACGAAGUUGAGAGGGGCUGCAACGGCGAGGGGCGGAUCCAGGGAGGCAUAGCCGCCGUCCCGGGCUUGGGCUGGUGGCCGAUCAAGGCUUACCGCCCGUGCCCCGGGUUCGUCGCAUCCGGUGGCCGGUACCGGCGCCAGGGGCAAAGCAUGGACGACGUUGCAUCCGGCAGGGGAAAGAAAGUCUCUUCCGGCAAAAACAAGAAUGACAAAUAAUCCAGCCCAAGGAACUGCAGUGUUGAUAAUGGCUAAGGAGGCGGCAUCUGCAUCAGCUUCCAAAUUUUGUUUCAGAUUAGAAUCCAACAUGCAGAAAUUUAGACCGUGUAUCAAGCUCCAACAGUUUGCAUGAUCCAGUGUUCUCCUGGCAAUCACGGUUUGCCUCUUGAUUCCAAGUGCAAUAGCAACAUCGUAUUGAAAGUUGGAACAUCUGACUGUUCAAAACUUCUGGAACUGUAUUGUCCUCGGAUAGUGUAGCUUAUUUGCCUGUCUAACUAUCUACAAUGGAUCGUGAUUGCUGAUUGUCACAAGUAUUGCUCUAUUAUUACCAAAAUAUGCUGCUUUUCGUA